AUGUACUCUAGAUUAUUUGUUUAUUUGAUCAAUUUUCUAUUUACGACUAUUAUCAAGAUGCCACCAAAAGCUGAAUUUAAACCUAAACCAAGUGCAAAAUCUGAAAAAAAUAAACCCAAAGGUGGUAAGGCAAAAGAUGAAAAACGUGCCGCUGAAAAAGCUAAAAAAGAAGCUAAACUUGGCGGUGGUCCAAUUCAAUUUGGAGCUAAAAAAUAA